AUGCUCCCAAAAAACAACCUCCAGCGCGACCGCCUGCGGAAGCUGCGCGUCUUCUGCGGCCCCGACCACCCCUUCGGCGCGCUGCACAUGGUCCCCUGGCGCAUGCCCCCCAAGCAGCUGGAGGACCACAAGCGGGGCUGGCUGAUGCCCGCAGGGUUUGAGCCCAUGAACCCCCAGGCGUACGCGCGGCGCAUGCUCGGCAGCCGCCGGCCGGCGGGCGUGGGCGCGGCGGCUGGGGCGCGGCAGCUCGAGAGCCAACAAGAGCAGCAGCAGCAACAGCAGCAGGAGCAGCAGCAGCAGCAGCAGCAGCCGGCCGGGGCGGAGCAGGGCCAACAGGGGGAGCAGCAGCACCAGGCGCCCGUCAUUCCCUUUGAUGACCUGCUGGCGUCGGACGAGCGGCAGUUCAUCGAGGAGUGCCGACGGCGGGGGUUGCGGGGCACACGCAGCUAG